AAGCGAGAAAAAAAUCUUCAAAAUACUUCUACAAUUUUAAAUAAUAUAUCUAAUAGUCAAACAAAUAUUAUUAGUAUAGAGGGUAUUGAAGAAAAUAUUAAUCAAAAUAUUAAAAAAAAAAAAUUAGAAAUGAAUGAAAAAAUAGAAGAAGAAGAAUUAAAAAUGAAUGAAGAAGUAGAAGAAAAAGAAUUAGAAGAAGAAGAAUUAGAAGAAGAAUUAGAAGAGAAGAAAGAAGAAGAAUUAAAAGAGAAGGAAAAAGAAGAAUUAGAAGAGGGGAAAGAAGAAGAAUUAGAAGGGGAAGAAGAAGAAAUAGAUGAAUUAGAAGAAAAUUUUGAUAAAAUUAAAUCUAUUUCAAUAGAUAAUA